AUGCGUUCAAAGUCUCCCAUCUCAAGUCCAUUGUACGUUCAGCCCUGUUAUGACUCAAGUUGUGAUGAACAUGAACCCAUAUUGGGAAUUAGUUCACGGCGAUCACUUCACCCUCAACAAGUGCCACGUUUGACUCUACAACAGCAGAAUGAUAAAUUAGAUGAGAAAAUUUUUACUCAUCAACAACGUUUAGCUUACCAUCCAGAGAAAAUUUCAGAAUUAAAAAAAAAGGUGCUCAAAAUCUCGAACGUCGAAGUUUUUUUACAAGAUCAGUUUCGUAUCAGUUGA